AUGGCGCAGAUGAAGAAGAAGGAGGAUGCAGAGAAGAUGAUUGUGGAUCAUUUAGGCCCUACCCAGCAGCCUCAGCUCAUGUCAGGUCGUUGGGUGGAUUCCGAAGGUGCAACUGUCAUGAUCUACCUCAGUUCCCGUCCCAAAAAGACCCCAGAGGGGCCACAGCUAAAGCCUCUGGAUGAGCAAUACAUGGGAAGAAUGGAGAAGACAGGGAAUGAGGAUGAGUACUACCAUGAUGGGCUGCACCCACUGACUGUGCGGAGAUGUUGGGAAGCAGCUCAGGACCUUUUCUCCCUGGCCCAACCUGUUAUGCCCAAAGGAGAAAGAGACAGGCAUGGUCAACCGCGGUCUGAUGGGGGGAAAGAGCAGGGGUGGGUGCAAACUGGCCAUAACAAUGGGAAUCUCUUUUUGUCUAGAGAUAUGAUCAAGACAUCCACAGCAGCCUCUGCUGUUCGCGCCCAUUAUGAGGCCACCCAGUUCCUUGCUGAGCAGCUCAAGGUUAUGUUCAGAGUGCUCUUCCCAACCAUCUACCAAAGAUAUCAGGCUGCAUUUGAUGCCGGGGUUUGGUACAAGGAAGAUCCUGGGCCAUUCCUUGGAAGAGCACAUCUGUGGAAACUGCAGGUCACCCUUCACCGUGACCAGGGAGAUGGAGGACCCUCUAUCUCUUUCCCAUUUGGAUCUUAUCAUGGUGGGGAGCUACUGGUGCCCCAGCUCAAGGCCAAGCUUCAGUGA